UCCAAACACUGAAAUAAAAAAUACGUGAACUCAACUUCAGUAUUAAGUAUAACAAAAAAAUUAUCGACAGAAAUGCUUAAUAAUUAUUAAUUAUAUUAAAUAAACAAGGCUAUAUUUACAGAUGGAAAUAUUAUAAAAAGAAUCAAGAACGGAACGAGAAAAAGACUGUGUAAUAAAAACUGGAAAAAUGCGCGAAAAUAAGCAGUUACGUUUUCAAAACACAUGGGAUAGUUCUAGCAUGGUAGAAACCUCCUCCAUAAACCAUGCCAGAAAUGCUUCUCCUGCAUCACGCGGUCUUCAAGGAGGAGAGCGAACUCAACGCGUUCGACCGUAUCCAAAUAAAAAGCGAAGCAAAGCUACAAAAAUGUUGUUCUUAAAAAGACACGCAGAAAUAGGUUUUGGAUUUAGCAUUCGUGGUGGUAUCGAGCACGGGACGGGUAUUUUUGUGUCGAAUAUAAACAAAUAUUCGGAUGCCUUCAGUCAAGGGCUACAAAUUGGUGAUCAGGUUUUGAAAGGAAAUAAACAAUCAUUUGAAGAAGUAACGCACGAAGAAGCUGUACAAUUCAUUCAAAGUCAGCGAACUCUACGCCUGAUGGUUUUAUCACUCGGUAUAAUUCCUGGUAGCAAAAUUGAACACACUCGAUAUCAAUGGAUUAAUUGCUACGGAAGACCGUGUUCACCCUUACCCAUCAAAACAUUUCCAACUACUGAUCCUGACAACGCAGAAGAAUCCGGCAGCAUGCGUCCAUUGGAAGAUGACGAAAGAAAGGUCAACAUCGUGGUAGGAAACAAUAGUCGUUUAGGUUUGCUAAUCAGAGGAGGUAUGGAAUAUGGACUCGGUAUAUUUAUUGCCGGGAUUGAUGAGGAUUCGGUCGCUGAUCGAUCUGCUGUUAUGGUGGGCGAGCAAAUAAUUGAAGUGAAUGGCAUCAGCUUUUUAAACAUCGGUCAUGCUGACGCUGCACAUAUUAUUCGAACCAGUAAGAUGAUGACGAUGAUAUUAAAGGAUGUCGGGAAAAUACCGUUGGCAAGAGUUGUGUACGACCAAACAGAAUGGCUUGAUAGACGUUCUGUUUGUUCAAGAUCUCCUCAAGACACAUCUCCUCGUGACAGGGAUUCUAUGAUUCAGUCAGGAAUUGCAGGCAGCCAGUUACAUCAUCAAUCCGUCACUGGACCAACGUCCUAUCAAUGGAUUGAAGAGAAAGCUCAAUACUGCCUAAGCGAAGACGAGUGGAACACUUUAAAAUAUUACGUUCGUGAAUACGUCCACGGUAGACUUUCUGUGAAUGAAUUCGUGUUCUCGUUACUAGACCUCUUGGACUCGAAUGAAAAGAAAUCUCUAAUUCAAGAAGUGAGAGGGAUAGUGCGCGCUCAAGACAUCGAAAGAUUUGAUGAAAUGAUGUUACGUAUCGAAGUACAAGCAAUUAAGAUUCAAAACGAACAGGAUAGUGAGGAAGAUAAUAUAAUUGUUCUACAAGAAGAAAGCAUGGCUGCUUCCCCAUACGAUCCGGUCUAUCACUCUUCAUCUCCGGCAGGAAGAAAUGGUUUUGACUACGAUCAACUUCAAGAAGAUUCUUACCACUCUACGAUGGAAAACAUAACGCAGGAAAGCAUACUUCAACAAAGUCCUCAGAAAUUUGUUCCGCGAAAUAUAAUGGACGAAGAUAUUAUCGAAGAGGAAGAAGAAAUAGGAGAAAUACUAGAAGAGCCUGUAUACGCGACUGUGAAUACUCACAAAACACACGACGCAGAAACAGCUACCAUUUUAAAAGACUACGAUAAUUUAGAAUCUGUAAAGAAAUUUACAACUUUCAGCCCUCCAACGCAGAUAAAAAAUAAAGAAACAGUUCCACAUAUUUCCGAAAGAGUCACUGAGGAGGAGAAAGAUUUCGAGCAAAAUAAGUUAGGAUAUGCGUUUAGUUUUCUUAACUCGACAAACGAGGAAUUAGAAUCACCACGAAAUGAGGUACUUGGACUAACAUCAGACAAGAAGGAGCCUUCAGAUGACGAUGACGAUCAAAGUGUAGUGUCUGUUUCCAGCUUGGAAAACGGUGAAGAGCCCACACCACCGUCCUCCAUAAGCAGGGGUCAACAUUUCCCCGGAUUCAAUGCAGGAUCAGCGAACCGAAGACAAAAGUCGAAUGUAAUUGAUUUAGAUUUUUCUCCGUCUGAAGAAACUGCUCCUUCAAUUCAAGACUUUAAACCAAAAUCUUUAUCAAACCACAUAUCUGCGAACACAUCCGUUCCUAGCAUUGCCAUUGCAAAUGCGACUCCUGAAGUGAAAAGAAAAAGCGUAUCAGACAAUGCUUAUGUUAAAAUAAAUAAAGGAACGGAGCAUGCUUCUUCACCGUCGUUUGAUUCCGCACCAAGUUUGGAACAUAGAUACUCAAAUUUCUCUGUGAAUGACAUCAUGAGGCAAAGUUUUCUCCCAACAACUAGACUGGAAUACGAUCCGCUUAAUUCAAGCAAUGAGGAUAUAGACUUUCUAAAUCGUAGCGUCGAAGAUAUCAGCAGAAGAGAGAAGCGACUAAAUCAAGUCAGUAGUUUAAACAUACAAAAUCAAUAUGAAUACGAAAAAACUGAAAAACUGAAGAACCUAUCCUUUUCAAGUACGGAAUCGUUAACAAAAUUAGAAGAACCGAAAAACUACGGUAAACCUGUUAUGACGAAAUCACCGAGAAACGAUUUUUAUGUAUCUUCUAACAGCAACACACUUUCUAAAAAAGUUAAAGAAGAAGUACCAACAAUAAAAUCGGUGAAUAGUCGGGAAAAUAACGUUGCAGUUGAAGAUAGAAAUUUUAACAUUGCUAGGUUUAAGAAUGAUACGCGGGAUGACAAUAAAAUUAGUCGGACAAUUGAACAGCAUUUGGAGUACAGAAACCCUUACGACCGAGAACACUCGACAUUAUAUAAAAGAAAGUCCCCGAUUACUGUUCCAAAGAAAGAAGAAAAAGCUCUAAGUGUAGACAUAGACUUUAGGGCGGCUGAUAGUCCUCCCUCUCCAUACCAAUAUGAACCGCCAAGAAAUACGAAGAACAACGCCAUAAGGUCACGCAUUGAUGCGUUUAACGUAAAUGAAAAAGAUGGUAAUAGUCUUAAAAAAUCAGAUGGAACAAAACAAACUUCAAAGACAAACUCUUUGACCAAGCCAACAAAGCGGACUGUUAGCAUACAAAGAAAAAACGAUGACCCUGGGUUUACUAUUGACUCGAGACAAAAACAAGAAGAAACGGAAAUGUUUAUCGAUGAAAUUCAGGAUAGAUCAAUAACAGAUCUCACAGUCGGUGACGUCAUUAUUGGAAUCGACAACACGCAUUUCAAAAAAGGACUACAAAAGGGACUCGCGAAUUUGAUCAUCAGAAAUGCGUUCAGUAAUUCUGAAAGUUCAGAAAUCAAAGUCCAUUUAAAAUUAUGAAGCUUCACUACUAAAAGUUCUUCCCGUUUUGUAUAUAUAGAUGUAGCGUAGAAGAUUUCAUAUAA